GCGAGCCCUGGCGCUUUCCGGAAGAAGAUGGCUCAAGACCGGCCUUUACUUGCUGUGCAGGAGGCCCUGAAGAAGUGCUUCCCGGUGGUGGAGGAGCAGCAGGGCCUGUGGGAGAGCACCCUGCGGGACUGCUCGCCGCUCCUGGCCUCCCUCAGCAACCUGGCAGAGCAGUUGCAGGCCGCGCAAAGCGUGCGGUUCCAAGAUGUGCCGGCGCUCCGGGCCUUCCCGGACUUACAGGAGCGGCUGAGGCGCAAGCAGCUGGCGGCUGGGGACGUGGUCCUGGACAAGCUAGGGGAGAGGCUAGCCACCCUCCUCAAGGUGCGUGACACGGUCAGCAGCCAUGUGGAGCAAGUGUUUCGGAUCUAUGAGCAACAUGCAGACGUGAUCGGCCUUGUUGCUGUUCUGCAGCCCUCGGCUGAGAGCCCUUCUGUGGCUGACAUGUUGGAAUGGUUGCAAGAUAUUGAGAGACAUUAUCGAAGUUCGUAUCUGAAGAGAAAGUAUCUCUUUUCCUCCAUCCAGUGGGGAGACUUGGCAGGUAUCCAAGCAUUGCCCAAGGCCUGGGACCAAAUUUCAGCAGAUGAACACCAAGAUCUUGUACAAGAUAUCCUACUGAAUGUUUCCUUCUUCCUGGAAGAAUAAGGAAACUUCACGUUUAUGUGAAGACCAGAAGCACCACAGUUGAAGACUGACAUUGCUGCACUGUGAUAUUUCUAAAGAAACAUCAGCAUAACAACCUGACAUGUUUGAAAUAUCAAUGCCUAAAACCCAAGGACUGGGUCGUGAGAGGAUUGAUGGUAAAUGUCUCUGGGGCUUCUCCAUGCCAGACCGUGCCAAGGGUUCCUGGGCCAUUGCUUGCCCUUCCUGAGGUUCAGGGCAAUGGAGGAGAUAGAGAGAAAGCAGGAAAGGCAGUACUGAUAAACCUGUCUGUAUCAUAAGGACCAAGCAGCAGGGAGGGAAAGGACAGGAGAUAAAGGGCAGAAGUCACCUGUGGCAUUAUCUGAAGCACCAAGUCUGACUGAUAUCGGAUCCUGGCUUUGUGUCUGUACUUGACACCUUGAAAAACGAAAAAGAGGUUUUGAUGAUUUAAAGGAGUAAGGAUAUGGCUGGGGGGUAUGGUUCAGUAGUAGAGCUUGUGUUUGGCAUGUUUGAACCCCUGACUUCAAUCCCCAGCACCAAAAAAAUAAAAAAUAAACUAAGAAGAAAAGAGAGAAGGA